AUGGAUGAAGAUCUGAUUAAGGAACAACUUUCAAAUAAUCUUGCAUUCCUGGGAAAGGACGGGAUUGAAAAGUUGCGCAAUUCUUUUGUCAUCAUUGUUGGCGCAGGUGGAGUCGGAAGCUGGGCAGCCAAUAUGUUGAUCCGAAGUGGAGUUGGCAAGAUCCGUCUCAUUGAUUUCGAUCAAGUCUCUCUUUCAUCUCUGAAUCGACAUGCAACCGCGGUCCAGGGGGAUGUGGGCACCCCCAAGGUCCUCUCCAUGAAAAGAGCGUUUGAAUUGAUUGCACCUUGGUGUGAUAUCGAUGCUCGUGUGGAUUUGUUUCAAGAAGACAAUGCUGAGGACUUGCUCUCGGGAAACCCGGAUUAUGUGAUCGAUGCUAUCGAUAAUAUUAAUACCAAAUUGGCCCUCCUCAAGUUUUGUUAUGACCAUAAAUUACCCGUCAUCAGCUCUAUGGGCGCAGGCGCAAAGGCAGAUCCUUCUCGUAUUCAGAUCAGUGAUAUCUCUGAAACCUUAGAGGAUCCGCUUGCAAGAGCUGUACGUCGCAGGAUCAAGAAAAUGGGGGUCGAUACUGGAAUCGAGGUGGUCUAUUCGACUGAAAAGCCCCAUCAUGUGAGACUCCUCCCCUUAGAUGAGACACAGGCUCAAGAAGCAGAUGAAUAUUCAGCUCUUCCCGAUUUCCGUUCUCGUAUCUUACCGGUCUUGGGUCCUCUACCGGCCAUGUUUGGGAUGUCGAUGGCCACAUUUAUUGUCUGCAAGCUCGCAGAUUGGCCCAUGGAUCCUUUACCCAUCAAGUUACGAGAUUCCCUCUAUCUAAGACUCCAUCGAGAGCUCACUGUUAGAGAAAAGAGAAUAGACAAGUCCAUCGAGACCAUUGCUUUGGAUCGUCGAGAUAUUGGUUAUGUUCUAGAGGAGAUCUUCCGAGGUAAGAGUGUGCUCUCUCAGAGUACUCACAAGGUUGGUCUCUGUCGUUGGAAACGAACUGAGCCUCUGAGUCUACAGAAUGUGGUCGUGAUGACCAAAGGGGAAAUGGUUAAACAUGACAUGUUGGCCCCCGAUGCUGAUCUUAGAGAAGCUUAUGGUGACGAGGUCGUCGAUUAUGUGGAAGCCAAGUUUAGAGAAGAAGCAGAAAUCAGUCGUCUUCGUUAG